CCGCCGCUUCCUCCUUCUCCUCUUUCUUUUCGCCCUCUCAGAGUCUCAGUCUCUCACACACAGACAGCUACCACUGACCUGACCAGGCCACACCUUCUUCUACACUCUAAACAGGUUGACACUUCAAAGUUAAUUUCUUUUUACCCCCACCACUCUUCUGUUCCUGUUUGGAAUUGCAGCCGUUUGCUUCUCCCAGUCCCAUCUUUGUUUCCUCAGCUCUCUCUCUCUCUCUCUCUCUCCCCCCUAAUAGAAAAUAGCCCAUCACCUGAAUCUACUGUGGUCUCCUCCAUCUCCCCCACAGAUCCAACUAUUUCAUCCUCAUUGCAGUUUUAGUGCAGCUAACUGUUGUUUGUCAUUAAUGGGUUUUGGCCUUUUCAUUCUUGAUUCGCAGCUCUGUCUGGGCCUGAGUUGAUGGACUGGAAAUCCAACACUGAUUGGAAUGACUUGUGUGGUUUGAACAUGGGUUUCUAUAUACAUGAGUUUCAAGUAGAUCAUUCAUGUUUUACGGCUCCCUAAACAUGUUUCUCAUCUGACCACUCACGUUUUACAAUCUUGGGUGUAUUUCAAAGAAGGCUACAAUCUUGGCUUGGCUUGGCUUGGUUUUUGCAUGAAAUAUACUUGGUGGGUUAUCAUCACAAUGGGUGGGUUUUGCUCCAAGUCGAGAUCCACUGUAGAGGAUGUCACUGCAAAUAUUGCUUCCAGUGGUAUUCUUCCUAAUGUUAAUGGACAUGCUAAUAAUGCCUCCGGAGGAGUGCCCCCCAAAGCAAACAGAAACUCUACGCCGUCUCCGGUUACUGAUGGGAUGGAUAAACAAUUAAGAGACCCUUACAUGGCGCCGGAGACCAAUAUUAUGGUGCCUUAUGGAAUGAUCACGGAUGAUGUUAAUGAUGGGAUUCCUCAUUUGUCUAGAGCCUUAUCGCAGAAGAGUAGAGCCACCAAGUCUAAGGUAUCAGAAGUGAGCCACCGCCUGGGCAGAGCAGGUACUGCGGGACUUGGGAAGGCCGUGGAAGUUUUGGACACCCUUGGCAGUAGCAUGACAAAUUUGAACCCUAGUAGUGGCUUUACCUCUGGGGUAACAACAAAAGGGGACAAAAUCUCAAUUUUGGCUUUUGAAGUUGCAAACACAAUUGUGAAGGGUUCAAAUUUAAUGCAGUCCCUUUCGAAGGAUAACAUCAAACAUUUAAAAGAGGUUGUGCUUCCAUCUGAAGGCGUACAGAAUUUGAUAUCGAGAGAUAUGAAUGAACUCUUGAGAACUGCUGCAGCUGACAAGAGACAAGAACUUAGUGUCUUUUCGGGAGAAGUUGUGCGAUUCGGAAAUCGUUGUAAAGAUCCUCAGUGGCACAAUUUAGAUCGCUACUUUGAGAAGUUGGGUACAGAACUUACACCUCAGAGGCAGUUGAAAGAGGAUGCAGAAAUAGUGAUGCAACAAUUGAUGGCCUUAGUUCAGUAUACAGCUGAAUUAUAUCAUGAGUUACACGCAUUGGACAGAUUUGAACAAGAUUAUCGGCGUAAACUUCAAGAGGAGGACAACUCCAAUACCGCCCAAAAAGGCGACAGCCUUGCACUUUUAAGAGCUGAGUUGAAGACUCAAAGGAAGCAUGUCAGAAGUUUGAAGAAAAAAUCACUCUGGUCUAGAAUUCUGGAAGAGGUCAUGGAGAAGCUUGUGGACAUUGUGCAUUACUUACAUUUGGAGAUCCAUGAAGCAUUUGGCAUUGCUGAUACUGAUAAACCUGUAAAAGGUUCUCACAACCAUCACAAAAGGUUGGGGUCUGCAGGUCUUGCCUUGCAUUAUGCAAAUAUUAUUACACAAAUUGAUACUCUGGUGUCUCGGUCAAGUUCUGUGCCUCCAAACACACGAGAUACGUUAUAUCAAGGGCUGCCACCUGGUAUAAAGUCUGCUCUGCGCUCAAAACUACAGUCAUUUCAGGUUAAGGAAGAGUAUACAAUCCCUCAAAUUAAAGCUGAAAUGGAGAAGACGCUGCAGUGGCUUGUUCCAAUUGCCGCCAACACAACAAAAGCUCAUCAUGGCUUUGGUUGGGUCGGAGAAUGGGCAAACACUGGGUCUGAGAUGAACCGGAAACCUGCUGGUCAGACUGACUUGCUGAGAAUUGAGACACUACACCAUGCUGAUAAAAAUAAAGCCGAGUCUUACAUUCUUGAGCUGGUUGUAUGGCUUCAUCAUCUGGUCAACCAAGUGAGGAUCGGAAAUAACGGAAUCAGAUCUCCUAUUAAAUCUCCAAUUUGCUCUCCAAACCAGAGGACAAUUCAUUUGUCUACAAAUAAGGCCAACUGUCCGCCCCCCGUAUUAACGGUUGAAGAUCAAGAAAUGCUUAGAUAUGUAAGUAAGAGAAAACUGACACCGGGGAUUAGUAAAAGUCAGGAGUUUGACACUGCAAGGACGAGGUUCAGCAAGUACCAUAGGUUAAGUAAGAGUAGUAGUCACUCCCCAUCAAGUGAGCGCAGAAAGGAUCCUUUUCCCAUAAGGAGACCCUCCUCUGUACCUGUCAUUGACUUUGAUAUGGACAGGAGCAAAGCAUUGGAUCUCAUUGAUCGACUGGACACAAUUCGAAGCAUUUGAGCAUUUGGCAGAGAGAAAUGCACAUGAAAAGUGUUCAUCUGACUGUUUUCCUUGGGUGCGCUCUUAGGUUGUGGCGAGGGUGAUAUUGUGUUAGUAAGCAAAUGCUGAGUGAUGAGUCACAAGCUUUUUGAAUGCUAAUAUCUAGGGAGGUAAAAAUGUAUUCAAUGUUAGUCAACACUGUAGAUGUGGAAAUGGAAAAGGAUGAUCGAGUUAUAGUUUCCUUAGUUUUGUGUAUGUACAGAAUAUAUUUUUUCAUAAUACAUGUGUUUUUUAAU